AUAGUCUAUAUAUCGAGUUAUAGAGGAUGGCCUGAUGAGGCAAUCAGUAAUACUUGAAUGAGCGUUGAGUGUUGAGCGUUGAGUAUCUUCCAAAGCUUCAAAAUGUCAAUAGGCCAGUGACAAGUUUAUUCAUGACUAACAUCAAAAUCUUGUUUUCUCGAUACAGCAACUGUAUCUGACUUGAAUCGGUGUGUUCUCACUGACAGUUUAGUAGCAAUUACUAAUUAAAUAGACAUCGAAAUUGACGUUUUUAGACAGCUAUUGAAAGUUAUACUUUAAAAAUGGCCGGAAAAGUGAAGCUGCACUUCGACGAUCUGCUGUUAAGAUUCAUACGAACGGCUCAGAACGAGCAAUUCAAAACGCUAAGUAAAGUCCUGAUCAGGAAUUCGGUUCAUUGGAAAACAUUGUUACAUCACGCUGCACUCUGCGACAAUCACGUGAUCGCUCGGUAUCUGAUCGACAUGGGACUCGACGUUAAUGGAUUGGACUCCGACAGCAAAACCCCCCUGAUGGUUGCCGUACAAAUGUGCAAUGCGACAGUUGUCGAGGUUCUAUUGGAAGCCAACGCUGACAUUCACAUUACCAAUGCCGCUGGUGAAAGUGUUUUGCGGAUGAUCUUUCAUUCAGAAUACUUCAGUACUAAGAUCCUCAAAGUGAUUCUUCAACGAUUAAUACUCGAUUGUUUUAGUAUCAAUGAACUGCUGGAUAGAUUGAUUGGCUCGGGAUGUUCGAUGUACCAUGUCACUUUCUUGAGGAAUAUUGAAAUAAUGCAGAUGCUGAUGGACCGCGGCAUCGACAUCAAUUCGAAAGGUUAUUUCAAAGAUACAGCAUUGCAUGCCGCUGUCGAGAUGAAUGAUCUAAAUAUACUCGAGUGGAUUCUCGACAAAGGAGGGGACGUCGAGGCUGCCAAUGAGUACAGUAAAGUCGCAUUAUACGACGCCGCGACUGAUGGGAAAGUGGAUUUGGUGCGCCUGUUGCUGGAGCAUGGUGCAAAUCCCAAUACCAGAAACGCCUAUACCGGAUAUACCCCUCUAUUCGCUGUAUUUUUAUCAUCGCUGCACGUACCCAAUCAAGACAGUUACGACGAAUGUGCUGAACUUCUUCUUCAGCACGGUGCCAUUCCCGACAAUAACAACGUCGAUCACAAUACACUUUUCGAUUAUGCAUUGCUAAACUGUGCUUUGAAUAAGAAAACCAAGUCCAUGGUGUGUCAACUAGCGGUUCUAGACAAACUUGGCAAAUGCAGCGCUAAAUCCGUUAUGGUCUUUAGGUUCAAGGAACAUAGCUCGAUACUUCUUGAAUUAAUAGAAUUUUACGAAUCUUGCAGAAAUUUACUCGGGUUUAUCGUGUAUGGCCACUUGUCGCUAUUUAAUUUGCUGACUCACAACGAGAGCAAAAUGAGGACUUACGCGCGUAACAAACAAAUACUCUCGAAAAUAGAUACCCUAUAUCCAGUGAUUGACGAGGUUUGUCCUUAUUACUCCAGAUUUCUGAAGAAGCGUUUAUUGAAAGCAGUCGAUGUGGUGAAACUCGAGGACGCAGCGAUCCCCGUUUUUUCCAAACUUGUCAAUGCUAAUUACAAUUUAUACUACGAUUUGGUAAGAGAAAUCAUUGGGAAUUUGUCUGAACGCGAUCUCAAGCAACUAUGUCAAGUUUGAGACUCGAUAUAUCUGCGAUAUAAUGUUCGUACAUUAUACAUGUUUUUUUUUCGUAUAGUACUUACGAAUUUGGAAAUAAUAAAGAACUACAGUUAUUAACUAACAGACAAAAUAUAUAGCUAGAUAAAUUCGUUUGUUACUUCGAUUUAUAUUGUCGCUGUAUGAAAAAGACAAUUUGGUGUAUUUUAGACGAAUCUGUUUGUACUUUUUAAUCAAACGAACCGCGUAAAAAACUGUAUAGUUUUUGUUUCUCACGAUUGUUUGUUAAUGUGAUCAACAAUAUCAACAGAAAAAUAUAAGCUUGAUGUUUUUUAAUCGAUUUUCUUUUGCGAAUAGUUGAUGGCGAAAGAAUUAUGAUUUCCUUCAACUGGAUCUGGUAUUUUGUCCGUUUAAUUGAAAAAAAAAAUUUUUUUAUAUCUUCUCUUUUUGUGCUCCAGUUUUUAUAUUAAAUUACAUAUCUGAAUUAUUAUUCAU